AAAUCGUCACUCAAGGAGGUGUCUUCCCGACACAGUCCGCCCGCACCAUCUUCAAACCCUGCCGGUCUCUCGUCUCUUCCUUCCCCAAAGUUUCGGUCUUUGCAGUUAGAGUCCGGGUGGCUAGUCCGCGAACAAUUCAUCAGGAAAAAUGGCUGACGAAGCGAACAGAGCGGCCUUUAUGGAGAUUCAAGGGCGCAUGAUUGAGACUACUGGCAAAUUGAAGCAGGUGCAAAACCAGAUGCGAAAUAAGGAAACAGAAAAGAAGCGUGCUUAUUUAACCUUGGAGGAGCUGGGACAGCUACCUGACAGUACCAACACAUACAAGGCCGUAGGGAGAACGUUUCUUUUAGAGCCUAAGUCAGUUUUAGUGAAUGAACAGCAACAAAAGCUUAAAGAUAGUGAGACUGCUAUAUCUUCAUUACAGACUUCAAAGGAGUACCUAGAGAAGCAAAUGGCUGAUGUCGAGAACAACUUGAGGGAGCUCCUGCAACAAGAUCCAGGUCUCGCUCAACAAAUCAUGUCCAUGUCCGUAAUGUAGUUGUAAGGCCUUGUGAACACUCGGAUGCAUCGACCACUUGUGUUCUGGUUUGGUGUAACUUUGAAUGCCGUAGCCCUCUUAUGUUUGAUUUUCCUUUUGAAAGUUUCUGUUUCUAGCGCGAGGGCUCCUUCGGUGCCGUGUGAAUCUCUGAACAUCUUGCACCUUAAGGCAACGAAUCUUCAAUGGCUUGCUAUUUCCUUGAAGUGGAAUAGCCUUAGGAAA